UGUUGUGUGAUAUAUAUGUAGCUAGGUCUGGACAACACAUUAUUUUCAGUCGGAGAAUCGACCGGAAAGAUAAAAAAUGCAUGGAGCUCAUGAAAGAAGAAGAUCAUCAGGAGGCGCCGACGAUCAUCACCGCCACGAUUCCUCUGACGAUGAAGUAUUUGACGUCGAGGACGACGAGCUCAUCAUUAAUGAAUCGAGGUCGUCGUCGAGACCGAACUGGUGGAGAAAGAAGUUCUCUUUGAAGAGGAGUGAGUCGAACACUAAUGAUACUGCUGCUGAUGAGACUACUACUCAUUCUGCGGCCAAUGCAAGCCGAGCAGCAUCAUCCUCAUCAUCAUCGGCAUCUAAUUCACUUUUCGGUCGAAUGGUCAUUCAUCCCGAUGACUGGUGGUACGUGGGGUGGACGCAUUUCAUUCUGUUAUGGGCAGUCUACUCGUCCUUCUUCACACCUCUGGAGUUCGGCUUCUUCAGAGGUCUGCCAGAGAAUCUGUUCAUGCUCGACAGCGUCGGCCAGCUAGCCUUUCUCAUCGACAUCGUCGUCCGAUUCUUCGUCGCCUAUCGCGACUUCCACUCCCACCGCAUUGUCUACGAUCGCCAACCCAUCGCUCUCCGAUACCUCAAAUCUCGCUUCCUCGUCGAUUUUUUCGGCUGCCUUCCCUGGGAUGCCAUCUACAAGGCUUCUGGGAGAGAAGAGGGGGUGAGGUACUUACUGUGGAUACGGCUAAGCCGGGCACAGAGAGUAACCGAGUUUUUUGAGAAAUUGGAGAAGGAAAUAAGAAUCAAUUAUCUGUUUACAAGAAUCGCCAAGCUGUUUGUUGUUGAACUUUAUAGCACACACACUGCUGCUUGCAUAUUUUAUUAUCUGGCUACUACAAUGCCUCCAUCACGGGAAGGUUACACAUGGAUUGGGAGUUUGAAGAUGGGUGACUAUAGCUAUGCGCAUUUCAGAGAUAUUGAUCUUUGGAAGCGAUACAUAACUUCACUAUAUUUUGCAGUUGUUACCAUGGCCACUGUUGGCUAUGGAGAAAUGCAUGCAGUGAAUGUGAGGGAGAUGAUUUUCAUCAUGUUUUAUGUGUCCUUUGAUAUGAUUCUUGGUGCUUAUCUGCUUGGUAACAUCGCGGCGUUGAUAGUGAAAGGAUCAAAAACAGAGAAGUUUAGGGACAAGAUGACGGACCUUACCAAAUACAUGAAUAGAAACAGUAUUGAUAGGGGGAUAAGUAAGGAAAUCAAAAACCAUUUGAGGUUACAGUAUGACCGAAGCUACACUGAAGCUGCUGUUCUUCAAGAUAUUCCUGCCUCAAUUCGCAGUAAGAUCUCACAGAAAUUGUAUGAGCCAUACAUCAAAGAAGUUCAACUUUUUCGAGGGUGUUCUUCAGGAUUCAUAAAACAGAUUGCAACAAGGUUUCAUGAAGAGUUUUUUCUUCCAGCAGAAGUGAUUAUAGAGCAGGGGGAUGUAGUUGAUCACCUAUAUAUAGUAUGCCAUGGUGAACUGGAAAAGCUGGGAAGGGGUGAAGAUGAUGACAAUGAUGAGCCCCUUGAGCGUUUGAAAACCUAUAGCUCAUUUGGAGAGGUCUCUUUCCUUUGCAACACUCCCCAGCCAUAUGCUGUUCAUGUUCGUCAACUGUGUAAGGUCUUACGACUUGAUAGACGGUCCUUCAGAGAAAUCCUGGAGAUAUAUUUCUUAGAUGGCCGGCUUAUCUUGGAUAACUUGCUUGAGGGAAUAAUAGACUUGAAUACUCGGAAUAAGCUUUUGGAAUCAGAUAUCACUGUAUACAUCGGAAAACAUGAAAUGGAGUUAGUCAUGAAAGUAAAUUGUGCUGCCUAUGAUGGAGAUUUUUAUCGAGUAAAACGUUUGAUUGGAGCUGGAGUUGAUCCAAACAAGGUGGAUUAUGCUGGCAGGUCGCCCUUGAAUGUUGCUGCAUCAAAAGGCUAUGAAGAUAUAGCUCGUUUUCUUAUUGAAAAAGGGGGAGACGUGAAGAUGUCAGAUAAGUGUGGGAGCACUCCAUUGCUUGAAGCCAUAAAAAAUGGGCACGAUCAAGUUGCUUCUUUACUUGUUCAGGCAGGGGCAUCACUUACCAUUGAAGAUGCUGGUGAUUUUCUCUGCGCUACAGUAUCAAGGAGGGAUUUGGACCUCGUGAAAAGGCUUUUAGCCAAUGACAUGAACCCAAAUGCAAAAAAUUACGAUCAGAGAACACCACUGCAUGUAGCUGCUUCAGAAGGGUUAUACACAAUGGCAGAGUUCCUAUUAGAAGCAGGAGCAAGUGUUCUAUCCAUGGACAGAUGGGGAAAAACUCCACUUGAUGAAGCCCGCAUAGGCGGAAAUAGGAGACUGAUGCAAUUGCUCGAAUCUACAAGACUUUCUCAGUUGUCAGAGUUCCCUGAUGGUUCUCAAGUAGUCAAUUAGCUAGGUAAACUCACUAAACUGUAUAAUAAUGUACUCUUUUAACUGCUGCUUACCUGUUAAUGAUGUAUCUGUGAUCCAAUAUCUAUAAUCAAGAAAUGGAUAUAAGAUG